AUGGCGGCAAUAACAUCUCCCCUCCAGCCCACCUCCCUCCGCAACCUCGCACUUCUCCUUCGAACAGCUCCGCGAUUCGUACAGAACCAAUUCCGCUUCCAAAGCACAACCUCAGGGCCGGCUUCCUCGUCGUCCGUCAACCCAACAGAGGUCUCACACUUCAAUGCCCUCGCCUCAACAUGGUGGGAUCCGCAAGGCUCGUCGCGGCUCCUCCACCUCAUGAACCCUCUCCGUCAUGACUUUAUCCGUUCUUGCCAUGCCACGCAGCCCAUACCUCCACCCGCAGCCGGCCUGCGAUACCUCGACAUUGGCUGCGGCGGCGGGAUUUUUGCUGAGAGUGCAGCGAGGUUACACAAUACGGGGCUGGUGACGGCGAUCGAUCCCUCGCCGCAGGUUCUCGCGGUUGCGAAAGCGCAUGCGAGGCAAGACCCGGGGCUGAGUGGGAAAUUGAAUUACCUCAAUUCGUCGAUUGAAGGUCUCCCCAAACCCACGUCGGUGGAGGAGCAAUACGAUGUCCUGAGCUUGUUUGAGGUCAUUGAACAUAUCACGCACCCGGCUGAGUUUAUGGACGUUUGUGCGGAUUUCGUGAAGCCUGGCGGGUGGAUUGUUAUGAGCACCAUCGCUAGGACAUGGUUGAGUUGGUUUACGACGAAGCUUGUUGCUGAGGAUAUUGUUGGCAUUGUGCCGAGAGGGACGCAUGAUUGGGAUAAGUAUAUUAAUGCCGAGGAGCUGAGGGGGUAUUUCCUCAAAGAGAGAGGAUGGAACAGUCCCCAGGUUGUGGGCGUUGUGUAUGUCCCUGGCUUGGGGUGGAAGCAGGUGGAUGGGAGUGAGAAGGUGGGGAAUUAUUUCUUUGGAAUUAGGAAGGAUGAGGUAUGA